GGCCUUGGAAGUCAAAGACCAGAGUCAAAGAUAGGAAGUCAGGGAGUCAAGAGUAGCAAGAGAGGUGGUUGAAAGCUCAGAAAGCUGAUUGUGAACUUGUGCUGCCCCCCGUGUAGAAGAUCCUCCCCACUGAACCUGGAUCAACUUACUUCCUCUUUUCUUUCAUCCCAGCAGAAGUCUAGAGGUUGAGCCGCUCUCUCCGGAGCAGCCGUGGAUCUCGGCGGACAGAGGGGCACAUCACCAUCACAUGGGAGUGCGUGACUGCGUGUGUGAGGGUGUGUGUUCAGGCCUCCUGCCGUCGCCCGCUCUCCGCAGACAGGCAUGGCGGGGGGCAGAGAGCACGGCUCCCGGACACAGCGGCCGUGGUCCGUCUACCGGGCAAACACAUUCGAGCUGUCCAGCGAGAUGAUUGGCUUAGCUCUCGCAGGAAAUAGUCAGGACCCAGAUGAACCUGUGCUGGAGUUCAGCGUGGCCUGCACAGACCUAGUGACUCCAGCUAUGGAUCGAAAACCCAACAGCUUUGUAGCAGUGAGCUGUACGACACCGCCGCAGGCCUUCUGGACCAAACACGCCCAGACUGAAGUCAUAGAGGGCACCAGUAACCCCAUCUUCCUCAGCAGCAUCGCCUUCUUCCAGGAGUCAAACAUCACCCAUCAGACGCAGGUUAAACUGGCCGUCUACGACGUCAAGGACCGCUCCCAGGGAACGAUGUAUAUGUUGGGCUCGGCACUUUUUCCUGUGAAGGAGAUGUUGCAGGACAAGACCCAUAAAUUACAGCUUGAACUAAGAUCAGCGGAAAACAAGCGAGUGGGGGACAUCACCGUGGCUGCGUGGCAGAUGGAGGAGAGAGCGGAUCAGAGGAUGUCGGUCGGUCGCCUGCCAGACAGCAUCAAUGGCCGGACUAUGCUGCCUGUUGACGAAAGCCUGACAGAGUCGAUGGGAAUGAGAAUCAAGUACGCCUCGCUAUGCAAAGACACACUGCUGCGAUCAGUGUUCGGAGGCACGAUGUCCAGGAUGUACCGCUUCCCUACGACCGAUGGGAACCACCUACGGGUGCUGGAGCAGAUGGCUGAGAGCGUCCUGUCGCUGAACAUUCCCAGACAGUUUGUCAAACUCCUGCUGGAGGAGGACACAGCCAGAGUGUGUGAGCUAGAGGAGCUGGGAGAGUUAUCCCCCUGUUGGGAAAACUUGCGGCGACAGAUUGUCUCUCAGUACCAGACCAUAAUACUCGCGUACCAGGCAACACUGUCUGACCUCAGUGACUACAGAGGUCCAUCAUUCAAAGCCAGUAACCUGAAGGCAGAGAGGAAGCUGGAGUUCAUGCCAACCAACCUACACGUACAGAGGAUGAGAGUUCAGGAUGAGCUGGGCUUCGAGCACACGUAUGAUGUAAUAACAAUCGGAGCUCCAGCUGCUCACUGCCAAGGCUUUAAAAACAGCGGCCUGAGGAAACUCAUCCAGAAGUUUGAAGAGGCAAAGAAACACAGUGCCCUGUCUAGUUCACAGUCCAUCGUCUACAUACCACAGGACAUCGUCCGAGCCAAAGAGAUCAUCGCCCACAUCAACACACUGAAGACUCAGGUCAGCUAUUACGCCGAGAGGCUUUCCAGAGCCGCCAAGGACCGAUCUGCCAGCGGACUGGAGAGGACGCUCGCCAUUCUGGCUGAUAAGACUCGUCAAUUGGUGACAGUAUGUGACUGUAAGCUGCUGGCUUCAGCCAUUCAGGCCCUGAACGCAGCACGACCUGAGUACAUCGCCUCCAAAGCGUCCCCCUCAGCCGACUCAGAACAAGUAGUCCUGCGUAACGACCAGGACACGCUGCUAGCCAAGUGGAGCGGUAGCAACAGCCGAUCCUCGCUGCAUGUGGACUGGCAUGAAGAGGAGUGGGAGAAGGUGUGGGUGAAUGUGGAUAAAUCUCUGGAGUGCAUCAUCCAGCGUGUUGACAAGCUGCUUCAAAAGGAGAGGAGACCCAGCGUCGGCAGUCAGGACAGCAGCCAGACUGACCUGCAGGCGGCCGGCAGUAAGAAAGGUGAAGAAAAAAGACGAGCUUUCUGGAUCAACCCAGGAAGUACGUCACAGGAAUCACCACCACCACCAUCAUCAUCACCUCCUCCGCCAUCAUCAUCAUCAUCAUCAUCCUCAUCUGCUUUGUCCAACCUUUCCUCUGCACGUCCUCCCAGCCCUGAACAAGACACCACAGAUGGAAGCCCCAGCGCUGAGGAGGCGUAUCCAGGCGAGUGGAGCGAGGCGUUGUACCCUCUCCUCACUACGCUCACAGACUGUGUCGCCAUGAUGAGCGACAAGGCCAAAAUGUCCAUGGUCUUCCUCCUGAUGCAGGACAGCGCCCCGACGAUAGCCAUGGACCUGUCGCUGCAGUACCGCCGCGACGUCGUCUUUUGCCAGACGCUCACUGCUCUCAUCUGCGGCUUCAUUAUCAAACUGAGGAACUGUCUCCGUGACAACGGAUUCCUCCGACAGCUCUACACCAUCGGCCUGCUGGCUCAGUACGAGUCUCUGCUCAGCACCUACGGAGAGGAGUUGGCCAUGUUGGAGGACAUGAGUGUCGGCAUCAUGGAUCUGCGUAAUGUCACAUUUAAGGUCACCCAGGCCACCGGCAGCUCCGCCCCCGACAUGCUGCCGAUCAUCACGGGGAACCGGGACGGCUUCAACGUCCGCAUCCCGCUGCCGGGAACCAUGUUUGAUGCGUUGCCGCGGGAGAUCCAGAGCGGCAUGCUGCUGAGGGUUCAGCCGGUGCACUUCAACGUCGGCAUCAACGAACAACAAACGCUGGCUGAGAAGUUCGGAGACACAUCGCUUCAGGAGAUCAUUAACUUGGAGAGUCUGGGACGGCUAAAUUCAUACUUUGAGCAGUUCAAAGAAGUCUUGCCUGAGGAUUGCCUCCCAAGGUCUCGUUCUCAGACUUGUCUUCCUGAGCUGCUGAGGUUUUUGGGGCAAAACGUCCACGCCAGGAAAAACAAGAACGUGGACAUCCUGUGGCAAGCUGCCGAGAUCUGUCGCCGGCUGAACGGGGUUCGUUUCACCAGCUGCAAAAGCGCCAAAGAUCGCACGGCCAUGUCGGUGACCCUGGAGCAGUGCCUGAUCCUGCAGCACGAACACGGCAUGGCUCCGCAGGUCUUCACGCAGGCCCUCGACUGUAUGCGCAGCGAGGGCUGCAGACGAGAAAACACCGUGAAGAACGUCGGAUGCCGAAAGUACGCGUUUAACUCGCUGCAACUCAAGGCCUUCCCCAAACACUACCGGCCGCCCGAUGGGACCUUCGGAAAAGUGGAAACCUGAUUGGACUGCGGAGGGGAAAGCAGGGCUCGUGUUUUUUUGUUUGGAUAGUUAUGACUGCAGUGUUUUGGGAAGGCCAUGAUCGGACCGGUUAAAAUCAAGAUACUGUAUUCAGACACACACAAAAAGCUGUUUGAUGAUUUAACCUCAAUGUCACACAGUUACUGUUUCAGACACUUUAGAGAUUUUGGGUUGGGUUUUUUUUUGGUUGUUAGACGCAGAGAUUACAGAAAUAUACAAUAGCAACUUCCUCAAAAAAACAAAAAAACCUUCAGAUUCAAACCUCUUUAGUAUAAGAACAGUUUUCAUGUACUAUAUUAGUUGCUUAUGUCAUAUUAUGCACAACACACGCUUGAAACAAGAAUGUUUUUCCUGUUAGCAGAAGCUACAGCACUGUUUUUUUAUUCUUAUUAUCAUUAUGAAAGUGUACAUGAAUGACACUGCCUCACUCCUGGUCAUGCACUGAUAUUAUCAUCAUCAAUCACACCAAUAGUUAUAUAAUGAAGAGUGAUAAAAGUCAUCAAAACCACAUGUUUAAAAUCAAUUAACCGUACUAGAGAGAUAAAAAUUGAAGGGAAAGGAAAAUGAAAAGCUUCACAUUAAUUAUUUAGGCUACAAUAUUCAUGUUUAGAGACUUAAAUCUCCAUAAUUUAAAGAUACAGAAUGAGUUAUCCUCACAUUUUCUUUCACAAAGCUGGACAAUAUUAAAACAAAACUUCAUCAUGCAGCAGAAGAAAAUUGAUACCACAGAAAUACUGCCAAUCACUGACUACUGAUCUCCCUCUGAUGGGAAAGAGAAAUCUGAUCUGUCAAUGAGGAUCUAUAAAAACACUGCAGCUGGAAGGAUGGCAAUGACAGUGAAGUUUCUGAUCUUUAAGGGUCUAGAAAACUGACCAGAAAUGCAAAAAUAUUCCUCAAAAGCAAGAAAAAGGAUCAAAAAUUAGGAUUAAAAUGAAUUUGAAUGAUCGCAAAUGGAAAUUAGAUCAUUAAAGCUGCAUGACUAAAAACUGGGGAAAUUAUCAAAUUUAAUCCGGAGCAAUUAUUCAAUGUGAUCUAUUAAUUAACAUUCUUCUAAUUCUAUGCAAUUUGUUUUCCCUGCUUAUGAUUUAAACAUCUUGGCGUUGUCAUUUAUGAUUUUAUGAAAGCAUCUACAAACCGUACACAGGAAAUCAGACUGAUAUUAGAAGCAAUAUCGAAUCUGAAGCAGCUAGAGUGAAUUUAGGAAGACCUUGUUUCACUAUUUCAAGCCACUGCCAUUGUGUGUUGUUAUCUGCAAUGAUCUAUUUUUACCACAAGGGGGCGACACAGCUCUUCUUUUCAACUGUAAAGAAAAAAAACAUCCAACACAGUGUUAUUAUAAUUUUAAUAUAUCUGCAUCCGACAUUAUCACACAUGACAUAUCUCAAAGUAAAAAAAGUGACUUACUGUGACAUGAACCACACUGAUGAUGGCAAUCUGACUUCUCAUACGUUUAUUUCUGUUUAGUUUUUUUCUCUCUAAUUUAGCAUUGAUUGUGUACUUUUUAUCGGUCUAUCAACACACACACAAUUACAGAUUUUAGCCUUUUAAUUGAAGUUGCAAUACUUUUUAUCAACGAGUUCUCAGACACAUGAGAAGGGAACAUCUGUGAAGGUUUUAUUGUUGAUAUAUCGUAUAACUUGUUGAUAUCUGAUGCUGAAAUAAAUAUAAAAAUUAGCUCA